AUGUUCAAGCUAAACCAAGCAGCACUGCUCUUCAUCGAGCUAUUAGUGAUGUGUCAUGUCUUUGAAGUAAUGCUUCAAAAUGAAAACGGAGCUAUGACGGUGCCCAGAGGAGACUCAGUGACGCUGACUUGCAACAUAUCCAAGGAAAAUGCCUCACUAAUCACCUGGACUAACGGCAGAUCAGUUUAUCAAUAUUCCAUUGUGCUGAAUCGCACCUAUUCAAGUUUCUCAUUGCACAGACUGAAAAUAAAUCAUGAGUUCCCUACAAAGCUAAUUAUUUUUAGUGCUCAGCCUGAAGAUGAAGGAAUUUAUGCAUGUACCAUAACAGGCCAAAGUGGUGUAAACAGCAUUACAUGGAAUUUAACUGUGUCUGAGAGUCCCAAAGAAUCUAUUCCAUCACAAUAUUUUCUAUACAUAUUUCCACCUGCAAUUGGAUUCCUUCUGUGUGGCAUCACGCUAGCUGUCUUCCUCUACAGAAAAAUGAUGAUGAGGACACUGAAUCAGGAUCCAGUCCAGGAUCAGUUUCCCCCUCAUUCAGGAGAAGAGGCAGCACACUCACAACCACAGGGUGGCACUGCUCACUGUACAAACAACAAACGGAGCAGUCAGUAUAUGGAGAGGCUGAAUUUAAUCUAUGGUCACUUCUGAGCUGAUGAUUCUUCCAGUUACACAGAGACAUGGACGUUUUUCAACUUCAGAGGGACGACAACACGGCUACUAUUGCCUCUUCAGCUCAGAAACACAGCUCUGGCUGUGAGCACAG